CUCGGCUCAGAGAGAGAGAGAGAGUGAGAUGGGAAGCAUGGCUCUUCUCCUUCCACCCUGUACGCAGCUCCCUUGCUGUCCUCGGCACCGCAUCCGUGCCCCCAACUACCGUGGCGACAACGCGCGAAUCGUCGCUUCCCCGUCUACCUCGGCUUUGGAUGCCCUCUCGAAGCCCUUCCGCAAGCAUCGCCUCCUCUGCUCCGCUCUCCUCCAAGACGACGCUCCGCAGGGGCAGGAACAGCAGGAGCCGCCGCCGCAGCUCCCAAGUGGCGUCGUCAGCUCUCCGGUCGAAGAAACACUCUCUGAAAACAUAAAUGAAGAUCCAUUGCAAAGUAUCAAGCAGGAUAAUGAGCAAAGCUCUCUGUAUAAUUUUCUCUAUCCCAGUAAAGAGCUUCUUCCAGAUGACAAAGAGAUGAGCAUAUUUGAUCAUUUGGAAGAGCUUCGCCAAAGAAUAUUUGUCUCAGUUUUGGCUGUGGGAGCUGCUAUCUUAGGCUGCUUUGCUUUUUCCAAGGAUUUGAUUAUACUCCUUGAAGCUCCUGUUAGUUCCCAGGGAGUUCGUUUUCUGCAACUGUCUCCUGGAGAAUUUUUCUUUACAACUCUUAAGGUAUCUGGUUACUGUGGGCUUCUUCUAGGGAGUCCUGUUAUUCUUUAUGAAAUUAUAGCUUUUAUUCUUCCUGGUCUAACAAAGGAUGAGAGAAAAUUCCUGGGCCCCAUUGUCCUGGGAUCUUCAGUGCUAUUUUAUGCCGGUAUUGUCUUCUCCUAUGCAAUCCUCACUCCUGCAGCCUUGAAUUUCUUUGUUAACUAUGCGGAAGGCGCUGUGGAAUCAUUGUGGUCCAUCGAUCAAUACUUUGAGUUUGUUCUCAUUCUUAUGUUCAGCACAGGGUUGUCUUUCCAGGUUCCAGUUAUACAGCUUUUACUAGGACAGGUUGGCUUGGUGUCCGGGGACCAGAUGUUAUCUAUCUGGAGAUAUGUUGUGGUCGGUGCUGUUGUUGCGGCUGCUGUGCUUACACCCUCAACUGAUCCCUUGACACAGAUACUCUUGGCAGGUCCUCUGUUGGGUCUCUAUUUAGGCGGCGCGUGGAUGGUCAAAUUAAUAGGUCGCUAGUUCGAUCAUCUUGUGCAUGAUUUUCCCUCACAUAAUGAAUUAUGAACCAUAUGUGAAUCGAAGCGCAUGGAUGGUCAAAUUAAUAGGUCACUAGUUCGAUCAUCUUGUGCAUGAUUUCCCUUCACAAAAUGAAUUAUGAACCAUAUGUGAAUCAAAACAUGAGGUACGUCUUCUCUG